AUGAGUGGUUCCAGAUUCAUCAAGUGUGUUACAGUUGGCGAUGGAGCCGUUGGCAAGACUUGUUUGCUUAUCUCCUAUACCAGCAACACUUUCCCCACGGACUAUGUUCCCACUGUCUUUGACAAUUUCAGUGCAAAUGUAGUUGUGGAUGGGAGCACUAUAAAUUUGGGGUUGUGGGAUACUGCUGGCCAAGAAGAUUACAAUAGAUUAAGACCCUUAAGCUAUCGUGGAGCUGAUGUUUUCUUGCUUGCCUUUUCUCUCAUAAGUAGAGCUAGCUAUGAGAAUAUUGCCAAGAAAUGGAUUCCUGAGUUGAGGCAUUAUGCUCCUGGUGUUCCAAUUAUUCUCGUUGGAACAAAACUUGAUCUUCGAGAUGAUAACCAGUUCUUUCAAGACCAUCCUGGUGCUGCACCAAUCACCACAGCACAGGGCGAGGAACUCAGAAAACUUAUUGGUGCUCCAGUUUACAUAGAAUGUAGUUCCAAAACACAAAAGAAUGUGAAGGCUGUUUUUGAUGCAGCCAUCAAAGUAGUUCUACAGCCGCCAAAGCAAAAGAAACCUAAAAGAAAGGGGCAUAAAGCCUGUUCUAUUUUGUGA